AUGAACCCAGCGCAUCGUGAAGGGUGGCCUUCGUCCCAGGCACCUGCGCCUGGGUCAACGCCGCAGCAGCAAACAGAGCAGAACCAGAGACAAGCUGUGCGACCACUGGAUCCAUAUGGGUCGAACAACACGAACACACAAACCUCCACACGUGCAUCACCUGCGCAAGGUCCGGGACCUGUGCUCCCACCCCCCUCUGGCACCCCGUUUUACUCAUCAGCCGCCGCUACAGGCCACAACCAGAACCUGCCUCCGCUUCCUGGCUUGACAGGUCAGCCUCCACACUCAUCCCCCCACCAAUCUGCGCAACGAGCGCCCUCGACAGAGGCAGGAUCGGCUGCGCAAGGACACCAGAUGUCGCAAGGGCCGCCAUACUCGCUGCCUGGGAUCUCCCAGACCUUGCAACAGUCGCAAGGUCCGUCGCAGGAGCACGCGAACGCAGAGAGGGAACGAGAGCUGCGUGAGCGCGAGACCAGAGAGCGCGAGAUGAUGGAAUCGCACGCUGCCCAGCAUGCUGCCCAGCAAGAGGAGCACGCAAAGCGCGAAGCUGAGCAACGCGACCGAGAAAUCCACGAGCGCCAGCAACGUGAACAAGCUGCGCAUCAAAAUCACUCUGCGCCAAUUCAGAUCCACCAGCCUGUCGCUGUCGCCCCAUCCACACGCACAGUACAUGGUCCCAACGGUCUGCUUGGGCAAGCAGGACCUCUAGCCGGGUCGAACCCGUUGGCGGGACCCAUGGGUGGGCCGAAUGCUGCUGGGCCGUUGUAUGGUAAUGCUCCUGCUCAGCAUGACCAGACUACGCCUCGGAUGCAGCACGCUGUGCAGGCACCAACGCAGGCUCAGAUGCUGAUGCCCUUCACUGGCCCACCGGGCGCAAUGGGUAUGGGCCAGGGCCAGCAGCCCAUUCUUAAUGACGCUUUGAGCUACCUUGACCAAGUCAAAGUUCAGUUCGCCGAUCAUCCCGAUGUUUACAACCGUUUUCUGGACAUCAUGAAAGAUUUCAAGAGCGGUGCGAUUGACACGCCUGGUGUCAUUGAGCGAGUAUCGACCCUGUUCGCGGGCAACCCCAACUUAAUACAGGGCUUCAACACGUUUCUACCUCCAGGCUAUAAGAUUGAGUGUGGUACAAAUGGAGACCCCAACGCGAUCAGGGUCACAACGCCAAUGGGCACAAUGGUAUCCACUAUGCCUGCGCCACGGCCUUUGUCACCACCACGCAGUGCAGCGGUCAACGGCAACCCUGCUCCUCAGCACGAAGCUGCUUUUUACGACACUACACAGGGGCGACCAUGGCCUCAGCAACAGAGAGCACAAGAGCCCGCGGAGUCAUUGUUCUCACCAAACAACCGCAAUCUCGGCCAGCCACUGUAUAAUGCACAACAAGCCCAACAGGGUCCUACUCCGCUCUCACCAGAGGCAACAACGCGCCUGCACCCUGAUACUGUAGCUUCCGCGGCAGCGCUUGCGCAUCAACAAGAGCAACAGGGUGUUUCGCAACUCCAGAACGCAGUUUCCGCUGCUACUGGGCGUUCCAUGCUCGCACUUAGUGGCGAUGUCUCAGCAGCGCUCCCCGUCCAGACGCUAAAUGGUGCGGCUCAGGUUGCUCAGAUGGGUGGUGUUGGCACUGAGAAGCGUGGUCCGGUUGAGUUCAACCAUGCCAUCAGCUACGUAAACAAGAUCAAAAACCGCUUCGCCUCCCAACCGGAUAUCUACAAGCAGUUCCUGGAGAUACUACAAACCUACCAACGAGAGUCCAAACCGAUUCAAGACGUAUACGCUCAAGUCACUGGGCUAUUCAAUGGUGCUCCGGACCUCCUAGAAGACUUUAAGCAAUUCCUCCCCGAAUCGGCUGCUCAACACAGGGCGCAGCAGGCAGCAGCGAGGCAUGCUGAAGAUGCGGUCAUGCUCAGCAAUGUUCGUGGCGAUGCUUCUGGAUACGGUCACACACCCAACCUCCAACAGACUCCGCGUGCAGACCAAUCACGUCUACCACCUAUGGGCAACUUUGCUCCAACGCCCACUGCGAACCGCGACAACAAGCGAAAACGCGAUCGACAAGGACCAGUUGCUGCGCCUAUGCCCGCUCCCGUCGCACAGGAACCACCAACGUCGAACGUUCGCGGUGGCACCUUUGGUCCAGCUACCGCAAACAAGCGUGCUAAAACCGGUCACGCCGCGAAGCAGGCAGCACCUGAAGGUCCUCCAGUCUCACCAACGCUCACACCAGCAUUGCCCGAGCCGAUACCACCAACGACCACGACCACUCCAAGUCAGGAUGAGCUUGCCUUCUUUGACCGUGUCAAGAAGUUCAUUGGAAACAAGAACACGAUGAACGAGUUCUUGAAGCUGUGCAACCUGUAUUCACAAGAUUUGAUUGACAAGACGCUGCUUCUUUAUCGCGCACAGUCUUUCAUUGGCGGCAACCCGGAGCUUUUCGCCUGGUUCAAGAAAUUCAUGGGCGAGGACGAUGAACCGCAGAAGACGCGUCCUAAGACUGUCAACUCGCGCGUUUCACUUUCCAACUGCCGCAGUUUAGGCCCCAGCUACCGCCUGCUGCCCAAGCGGGAACGUGAGCGGGUGUGCAGCGGUCGCGAUGAAUUGUGCAAGUCGGUUUUGAAUGACGAGUGGGCUUCUCACCCAACAUGGGCUUCCGAAGACUCCGGUUUCAUUGCGCAUCGCAAGAACCAGUUUGAAGAAGGUCUUCACAGGAUCGAAGAAGAGCGUCAUGACUAUGACUUUAACAUUGAAGCCUGCAGUCGCACCAUUCAGCAACUUGAACCUAUCGCGAACCAGCUGCUGACCAUGAAGCAAGAAGACCGAACCAACUUCGUGCUUCCUCCUGGUCUUGGAGGGCAGAGCGAGACCAUCUACAAGCGCGUCAUCAUGAAGGUCUACGGACGCGAUCGAGGCAAAGAUGUCAUCAAGGAGUUGUUCGCAAUGCCCUGGAGUGUGGUACCAAUCUUGCUGCACCGUCUCAAGUGCAAGCUGGAAGACUGGAAGGCUGCCCAGCGUGAGUGGGAAAAGGUCUGGCGCGACCAAACACAGAAGAUUUUCUGGAAGUCAUUGGACCACCAGAGUUUGUCUGUCAAGCAGGCCGACAAGCGACAAUUCCAGCCCAAGUCGCUUACCAAUGAGAUCCUCGUCCGCUACGAGGAGCAGAAGCGAUUGCGACAAAUACAGGAGAUACCUCAGCCUGAAUAUCAGUUCGCCUUCUCUUUCAAAGAUGAGGAGGUUCUCUUUGACGUAGCCCGCCUGAUGAUCACCUUCGCGGACAACAACAACAGCGGCACUGAAUACGCAAAGGUAGUUCCAUUCAUCAAAGAAUUUGUUCCCCUGUUCUUUGGUCUCGACCAGGCCAAAUUUGAGCAGCGGGUUCAGACAUCCGGCCGUGACACUCCCAACGAGUCCGGCGACGAUACGCCCAGUCCCGAUGACGAUAUCUCUCAGCGGUCUCAAAAGCCAAAGAAGGGCGACCUGCGCCGAGAUGUCCUUGACCCUCGGGGUAAGUCUCGUAAGGACAAAGAGGACAGCCUCGCAUCAGCGAGCCGAGACACAACCCCCGAGAUUGUAUCGGGCGUCGAAGAAGAAGGCGCUGUGGACAGCUCCAACUCCAACUCCAACUCCAACGGGCGUGACGAACAAACGUCAGGCAGCUGGGUGGAGUAUUCCGCUCAACCUGCAGCGCUCAACGAUAAGGAGGUUGAGCACGAUGAGCCCUAUCGACGCAUCGAGUACAACAUGUACGCCAACUCGUCCAUAUACUGCUUCUUCCGCAUGUUCGUCUGCCUGUACGAGCGGUUGCUGAAGCUCAAGGAGAGCGAGGACGGCGUUCGCAAGGUCGUCAGUCGGGCUAUGGAACCCAAAGCUGCGCGACAACUCAAGAUGCUAGAUAAGCAACCUGACGACUACUUCAAGGACACGUCUUCAACCGCCAACUUCUACCAGCAGGUCCUUGAGAUGUUCCAGGAUCAAAUACUUGGCGAAGUCGACAUGAAUUUCAUCGAAGAAACACUACGACGCUACUACUUGCAGAUCGGGUGGCAGAUGUAUUCAUUCGACAGGCUCGUGAAUUCGCUCGUGCGCUUCGCUCUUCUUGUGGUCAGCUCUGAUAGCAAAGACAAGAGCCUCGACAUUUACAACCUAUUCAGGAAGGAUCGAGUUAAUGACACCACAUCGCAUAAGAAUGAGAUCAGCUAUCGAAAGGCAGUUGAGAAAUACGCGAAGGACGCAGACACUUAUCGCAUCACAUACGAUCCUGCGAAAGCAGAAGCCACCGUUCGCCUGUUCAAAAAGGAUGACCCCACCUUUGAUUCUACUUCUUUGGACCGCACUAAGCGCUGGCGGGCGUACAUUGCCUCCUACCAGGAAGUCGAGCCUACUGAAGAGGUAGAUCACGCGAAGAUAGCCUAUCCCUAUCUUAAAAAGCGUCUCGCCAAGGUCGAAGACAUUGCAGAACAAGACAACCGUCUCGAUCUUGUCAAGCACAGCGACAAAAUCACUGUAUCGAUCUGCCCGCAGACAUACAACAUCACAUUCAUCAACAGCGAGCCUUUUGGUACUGGCGGCGUGCAAUACUUUGCCUUGCCUGAAGCUGUUCGCGCUGGCGUGAGCGAAAACAUGUCUCGACCGAGCGAGCAGUUUAAGGUACUCAACGAUAGAAGGCGUGAGCGGGCUCAAGAGAAGCUAGUCCGCAACAACACCUGGAUGAGAGAUCUCAGUCGUGAUGAGGUUGAUACCAAGAAGGCUGCGUUCAAGAAGAGGAUGGAAGAGGUCGAGCAAGCCAGUGGUAAUGAGGAUGUGGAGAUGGAGGAGGCAUAG